UAUGUUCCAGCCUGGGUGACAGAGUGAGACCCUGUCUUAAAAAAAAUAAAAAGUAAAAAAAAAAUUGGUACAUUGUCAUUAGCUAAAGUCCAUACUUAAGAUAUUUUUAGUUUUUACCUAAUGUCCCUUUCCUGCUCCAGGUUCCCAUCCAGGACACCACAUUACAUUCGCUUGUCGUGGCUCCUUAGGUGCCUCUUGGCUUUAACAGUUUCCCCGACUUUUCUUGUUUCUGAUGACCUUGACAGUUAUGAAGAGUAUCAGUCAGAUACUGUGUGCAUUUUCCUCAUGAGUAGACGGGGUUAUGGGUUUUGGGGAGGAAGACUGCAGAGAUGAGUGUGGUUUUCAUCCUGUCAUAGCAAGAGUCUGUGCUGUGCCCCAGGCCCCAGGGUCCCCUCCAGCCUCCUCCUACCUGCCCUUGCUGGCUGCUCUGGCCACACUGGCCUGCUUGCUGCUCCUCGAACGCCUAACGCCUUUCUACUUUUGUCUUUGGCAUUGCUGCUUCCUCUGCCUUGGAACACCCUUCCUGCCCCAGGCAGCCUGAGGCUUGCUCCUUGUUUUCUCUUUUUUUUAGGUUUGCGAACCCUGGUACUGCAUUUUCUUCACAGACCAUGCACUCUGAGGCAUUAUACUCUGCACUUGUGUAUUUGUUUGUGGUCUGCCUCCCUGCAGUAGAGUGGAAACUUCUCAGGGGCGGAGACUUUGUCAGUUUUGUUCACUGCCGUAUUUCCAGCCCCGGGCACAAAGUGCAAGCCCAAUAAACACUUGACAUUCGCAUCCAGGAAUUCCACAGGGAAGUGACACAGCUGUGCUUCGUGCAGGGUCGGCACUCCGAUGAGGUCAUUCUUCCCUAGCUUCGUGUUUUGUGUGGCUUUCAGAGAGCUUUGUUUUCAUGUUCUUCUGCCCAGCCUCUAAGUAAACUCAUAAUUUAGGCUACUUUAAACAUCAACCGAGACCUCUGGAAAAUGGAUAUGUUUAUAGGUCUCUGGACCUCAGGAACGCACGGGCGGUGUUGUAAGGUACAGGUUACCAGCUGUAUCCAGAGAUUUUGUAAUUGCAGGGGAAUGAGGCACGUGGCCCAGCCGCAGGACUGUAGGAAUUAUACACACAUGAGGAUUCCUGGGUUCUCUGCUGCAUUUUGGUAUUAACUUUGCUUGAAGCCAUAGGGACAUUUCUGUAGCAUUUGCAGGGGGACACUUUGCUCUUUCUUUACCAGCACACAGUAGCCUGCCCAGAUUGUACCAGGGAUCAAAGCAAAUCCAGGCACUGAAGGAAACCCGACUGAGCCUAAAUUAGAAUUUUAAUAAAAAUCCCAAGUAAAGGUCUUUUAUCUUUUAUAUUUCUUAUUGGUUUUAGGGAUACCAGUAAUUUCCAUGAUGCCUCACAAUGGAUGAGUCUUGUUUUUCUGGGUGGUGAAAAAGUUUCUACACCAUUAAGAGUCCUGAAAAUCCAAAAAAAGAGUCUUGAAAAUCUAGCCCUAAACUGCAGGGGAGGAACGUAACUGCCUGGCUGGUGUGAGCAGCUCUGGCUUCCUGGGCUGGACGUUCCUGGUGACAGUUGUUCCCAGAGGUGCCGCGGGUGUGCGCAUGUGAGCGUGCCGGCAAGCAGCCCAACGUGAGGGUGUUUUUGACUUGCCGAUUGUUUGGGGAAAUUACAGUUUAGGGCAGGAGUGGUGCACAGAGGUCACCCUCGCCCCCCAUUUCAUUUUGCAGAUGAAGGAAGAGGCCUUGGAGGCGACUUGCCUAGAGUCCCGUAGGAGAGUAGCAGAGGCUAGUAGAGUGGCUCCUAAACCCCAGGCCUCCUGGUUCUCAAUCCAGUGAUGAAGCUCAGUUUUACUGAGCACGUGCUAUGUGCCAGGCACUGCCCUGACUCCCCACAUGCAUUUUUGGCCUUAAUCAUCUAUACUUCCAAAAGGGUAGGACUCUUGUUAUCCUUACUUUGUAGAUGAGAAAACCAAGGCUCCGAGAGACAGAGGACCUAGCCCAGGGUCACUCAGCUAGCAUGUGGUGGGACACCUGGUCUCUCAGCCUCGGAGCUAUGCUCUUUGUUAUGAAAUUGUUGUGUUGAGGCUCUUUUAGCUGCUUCUGCCAGUUCUCAGGGUCAUUUAGUAUAGACUUUGGACCAUUUGAUAAAUGUUGCAUAUCUCUCAGGGGUGGCUCUCCAAGAAAAACAGCGAGAGUGAGAGGUGGAGGAUUGUGAAUGUGUGCGGGGCUGUGCCCUUCUAGGGAGCCCAGAUGAACCUUGUUCAAAGAAAGAAAUGCCAGACUUCUCAGCAGUGUACACACUCUUAUCCAUGCCCCGGCUCUCAGCUAAGAUACCAUGAAUCCUUUCAGCAAACUUACCAAGCCCCUAUGAGGUGGCAGGUGCUGCUGUCCCUGGGGGUGACGAGUGUCCAGCGUGGUGGCUCAGAGUUGGUUCAGAAUGCAUCAUGUGGUGGUUAGGGGGGACCUGGGCAUGACACAGAACUGGGUUCAAAUACUGACCUGAUCGCUCUCUAGCUGUGUGACCCUGGGCAAAUUCCUUGACUCUGAUCUUCAGAUUAUUCAACAGGAAAACCUGCAUGAGAUGCCCCGCCUCCUUCUUGUUGGCAUAGAGAGGAAUAAGGAAGAUAAAGCGGUAGAAAGUGUCUAGCGUAUGGCACAUAGCAAAUGCUCAGUCAAGACACCUGUCUCAGUGACACUUUAAAUAUGUCUUUCCUCUCUGUCCUCUUACUCAUUCAUCACUCCUGAGUUUGAAAGGAGAUUGCAGAGCUGAUGAAGCCCCUUGACCCCUCUUCGUACCCUGUGGAAAUCAGGAAGUAUGAGUAUGACCCCAGUUUUGCAAUUCGUGGACUUCAUUAUGAUGUACAGCGGGCAGUAUUGAUGAAGAUUGAUGCUUUUCAUUACAUCCAGCUGGGAACUGUCUACAGAGGCCUCAGUGUUGUCCCUGAUGAAGAAGUGAUUGACAUGUAUGAGGGGUCCCACGUGCCCUUGGAACAGAUGAGUGACUUUUACGGAAAGAGUUCCCACGGAAACACCAUGAAGCAGUUCAUGGACAUCUUCUCCCUGCCCGAGAUGACCCUCCUGUCCUGUGUGAACGAAUACUUCCUGAAGAACAACAUUGACUAUGAGCCCGUUCACCUGUACAAAGAUGUCAAGGAUUCAAUUCGAGACGUCCACAUCAAAGGAAUUAUGUACAGAGCGAUCGAAGCAGAUAUUGAAAAGUACAUCUGCUACGCUGAGCAGACCCGUGCAGUGUUGGCCAAACUGGCUGAUCAUGGCAAGAAGAUGUUUCUCAUCACCAAUAGCCCCAGUAGCUUUGUGGACAAAGGGAUGAGUUACAUUGUUGGGAAAGACUGGAGGGACCUGUUUGAUGUGGUCAUUGUUCAGGCCGAGAAGCCAAACUUCUUUAAUGAUAAGCGGAGACCUUUCCGAAAGAUGAAUGAGAAAGGUGUCUUACUCUGGGAUAAGAUCCACAAGUUGCAGAAAGGCCAGAUUUACAAGCAGGGUAAUUUAUAUGAGUUUUUGAAGCUUACUGGUUGGAGAGGAUCCAGAGUGUUGUAUUUCGGUGACCAUAUAUACAGCGACCUGGCGGAUUUGACCCUAAAGCACGGCUGGAGGACUGGUGCAAUUAUCCCGGAGCUGAGAUCCGAGCUCAAAAUCAUGAACACGGAGCAGUACAUUCAAACCAUGACCUGGCUGCAGACCUUGACCGGGUUACUGGAGCAGAUGCAGGUUCACAGAGAUGCUGACUCGCAGCUGGUCUUGCAGGAGUGGAAAAAGGAGAGAAAGGAGAUGAGAGAAAUGACCAAAAGUUUCUUCAACGCCCAGUUUGGAAGCUUGUUCCGCACAGACCAGAACCCAACCUACUUCCUGAGGCGCCUGUCGCGCUUCGCCGACAUCUACAUGGCGUCUCUGAGCUGCCUCCUGAACUACGACGUCAACCACACUUUCUACCCCCGGAGGACUCCCCUGCAGCACGAGCUGCCCGCGUGGUCUGACCUGCCCUCCACCUUCGGAGCCCCCCGCCUGCAGGAGGCCCGGGCCAAGUAGCUGAGGCCCCCCCCCACAGGGAAAAAGCCAGAACCAGCGACCCCCCCAGAUUGGGUGGGCAUGACGGCCUUGACUUUGUGUGGGUCUGAGUGUCGCUUUCAGCAAAGAUCCCUUAGGGGGAGUACUGCUCCCGGGUUGCUAAGCCGGGAGCUGGCAGCCCGCCCGUCCGCACCCUCUCCACGCGGGGCUGAGGGCAAGCUUCCUACCGAGCCUCUGAUUCCGCCUGUUUGUUUACCAGGGUCCCGGAACUGACGUCCGUGUUUCUGGGAUAGGAGAGAACACUCACGCCGUCUCUGUAUCCCAGCGGGUCAAGUUUUGAAACGAUUCUUGACUCCUCCGUGGAGCAUGCCCUGAGCGUGCAGGGCCAGUGCAGUGGGAGCCGCGCGGUGCCGCGCACGGAGAAACCGCUCGCAGAAAGCUGGGGACGGAGUGCGCUCCACGCGGCAAAACGCCGCCCCGAGUAGCAGACACGAUCCCCGAAUGGCAGCCGGUGCCCAAGCCAGUGGGUACUAAGGCUCUGGCUCCUUCCAGGGAGGCUGAGUUGACUUUGGUGCAUUGCAUCAAGGAUAUCUCGGCCUCCCUGGAAGGACUUACAUGAGAGAGAACAAGAGAAGCUGCAACCCCUCGGCCUUUUCACCUUCAGUGCGUGCUUCCUGCGUCCUGCCCGCGUUGGGGAAGGACACAAGGUGUAAAAAGCAAUGGGGCGGGUUCAUGCUUUUCCCCAGGGAAGGAGGGUGAGGAGGUACGAGCUCUGGUUAAAAAUCGCCUUCCUCUAGCUGAACAGUCUUCGGUAGGAUAAGGCUGCAAGAAACCAGUGGGUUGGAAGAGGCAGAGCAUCUGUGGUGGGUCUCCAAGGAGCAUAUUAAACCCAGAAACGCCACCGGAGUGUUGGUUUAAUGUGCUCGCUGGAGGAAAGAAAAUGAAACAGGAUAAAGCGUCCUCGUGAUGAAAUGCCCACGGUGCCACCCACUAGGUUGAAUUGGAAUCUUGUUAAAACAUGAGCGUUACCGGAACCGGCCUUUGUCUGGAGAGAAAUAAACAAGAUGCCUGCUCCUCUCUGAAUUCCCAACUGCGGUGAUCAUUUCCGGGUCUGGGAGGAGGGAGGUGGCCUUUGCAGCUCAGCCGUGGCUCCAACUCUCUCCUCCCCCUAGAUUUCUUUCCUGCCACGCUUUCCUGGCUGUUCGGGAGCUUGGGUGGUUUUCUUUAGGUGUCUAAGGUGGGAGAGGCUGAAGGACAUUGAAGCAAGCUAAGAAAGAGCUAGAAGUAACCCAGCUAACUGAGCUUUUCUCGUUUCUUUCUAAGGGCAGGGCAAGUGGCACAUAUAUAGUUUUUUUUGCAGGGGGAGGGAAGAAACCUUUGUUAUGUCUGCAUUUGCAAUAUCUUUCAAUAUAAAGUGCAUAUUUACUGUACUUUCUGAGUGCUAUGGGAAUGUCUGCUGUUAUUAGUUAUGGUGCUGCUAAUAAUAUUUUAAGUUGCAUAUGCUGCAUAGAUACUUCUGUUCAGAUUAGCCUAAUCUAGUACUGCUAAAACUCAUUUUAAGCUGUUGUGGUAAUGUGGCAUAUAUUCUUAAAUCUAAAGAAUGGCAGGAACAUGAGGGGGCUUGGGGAGAGUGCUUGCUUGCUCUCGCAUUUUUAUUGUAGUGAACGUAUCAUGACCAGCGACUGAUGAAAUGCUGGCUUGGCAUUGCAUAGGCUAUUUCUGCCACAUUGCAGAAAUUAAGUGAGUUAUAUAGCAUCCUUUGUAAUGCUGCUUAUUAUAAUGGGAUUUUACUUGUGAUGUUUUGCCAUGUUUAACUAUAAUGGUGAAGGUGACCCUUUAGACCUAACGAGACUCCUUUUUUUCUUUCUUCUACAUUUUUCUAUAAGCACAGUAGGGCACAGUAAUCUGUUCCUGUUUAGGAAUGGGGUAGGCAUUCUCUUUAUUGUUUGCUCCUAGGCAAUGUCACCUUCAGGGUGAUCAGAGGCUGGCAUUCAGAGGGUGCAGGUGAUGCCCAGUUUCGGGUCCUAAAAGGAUGCACUGGUGCUCUUGGCUUAGAGUGUCUGCUUUGGGGAAGCGGAGUGAGGAGGCAGGUUAUUGUUUAAAAAAAAUUCUUGGUUUUUAUCUAAUCAGAUAUUGGCUGUUUACUAGGUGCUAGUAACAGGGUGUUUUGUUUACUCAAGAAUGAAGUAGAACUACUUUUAAAACCUGCUUUCCUGACUAUUUAGGUUAGGUGACGCAAGCCUUGGAGGAGAAAUACCUUUUCUGGGUAUGAAUGAUGAAUUUUACAAUUAUUCCCAUUGAUGAGGGUUUUGGUCUCUGGGCUGUUGAGCUUGGCAGUUUUGAGGCCUGCCGUGUGGCAGCAGCCUGGUAUCUGUCACACCAGAGCCCACCGACCGUGUACCUCGAGGGCCGUGAACCCAGGUCGUGGGGGUGACAUGGCACAGCCAUCUCCACGGGAAGGACACAGGCAUUUCCGCACUUCGUUAUUCAUGCUUGUCCCUGCUCAGUCGAGGUAGAUUUUAACUUGUCGCUGUCGUGGCUCUCAGCUGGGACCUGGCACCCUGCACUGGGCGUUUCGUUCUCUCCAGUUCUCUUGUGUGCACGUUGAUGAAAGCAUAUUGGUACUAGGGAAGUGGAUCUGUUUUUCUAUCAUUUAAAAAAAAUCAGUUUAUAAAGCAAUCAAAAUAACUUUAGUUUGAACAUUUAAAAAAUUACUGUGUUUUUUUUUUUUUUUAAACAUUGCUUAGACUGAUUUUCUAAGAAUUAUGUGAACACAAAAUCAUAGUUCGGGGCAGUCCAUGCCAGCUGUGACAGUCCAGCGAGACUCACGAUACCCAUAGCAGGUCCCAUUGGAAGGGACUUGCACAAGUGAUUUUACCUGGUUUUUAAAAUAUUUUAGGGGUUUGGCUUAGAGCUCACACUUUUCCUCCUAACAUAUCCCCUCUCUUUUUAGUUUUUAAAAACUUUUCAUCUUUAGCUCCAUUUUCUGCUGUCACCAUUGAUAUCAUGUAACAUAAACCACCUGCUACUGAUUUGGGCAUGUCUCAGAUGAAAUCACUAGUUGCUUUGAAUGCACUGGGCCUCUUAAUUAUUGGAAAGGAGAAAUGAAAAGUAGUCUUGCCUCCUAGCUAAUUUAGCUUCAGGCAUCGAAAUGGCUUUUCCUCUCUCUUCCUCUCAAAAGGCCUUUUAUGCAGAAGUGGGUGUGCUCAAUAUUGGAAUUCCACUUUUCCAAAUGCUUCUUUUCUGCCAAACACCCACUUGAGGCCCUUGUCUAGAAUGCUCUGGGGCUAAAUUUGGCCAGAGGCAGGAUUCCUUGAUUACUCUGUUCAACUAAUAGCCUGUUUUGCCUUCUUAAUAUUGAUUUCCUUUUGUACCAGUUUGUUUAUUUAUUUUUUGCCUUAGCAUUUUGGAGUUUGGCUCAAAGUUCAGCUCACCUUUGACGCUACCAGUGAGUGGGUGAAGGGAAGGGAAGGGAGUGAAUUUCUUCUGAUGCAGGAUCGGCAAACUUUUCCUGUAAAAGGGCCAGAUAGGAAAUGUUUUUGGCUUUGCCACUACUCAAGGAACGGGCACAGCUGUGUUCUAUUACAACCCGAUUUACCAUAAUAGGCCCUCAGGCUGUGGCUUGCUGGCCCCUGUUCUAAUGGAUCGCGUUGGUGGCAAUGGCAAGAUUCCCUUGCAGAGAGCGUGCUGGUGACUAACCGCAUACGUGGAUUGCAGGUAGGAGAAAGAAGCUCCGAGUAAGUGUGCCGUGUUCCCUCUGAGCUGCUUUCUGGGCAUAUUUACGUGUAUGGCCAGUGUGGGUACUCGAGCUGCAGGCUUGAGUGCUAAUUGAAUAUACCUCUCAUUGCACUGCAUUUUUUUUGUAAGUGUGUUAGUAUUGGGUGCUGGGCUCGGCUGCCCAGAUGACCCUUGGGACUGAAGGACUUAUUCCCUGACUGCUGGGGGUGCUGCUGGCUGGCCUUUCACUGCUGUUACCUCUUUGGGAGUUUCUCCUGCUGAAGACCCCUGCCUGCCUGGGUCCCUCCCCCCACCCUCCCUUCUGGUAAUCUUUGACUGCUUCAUGUGGAGGUACAAAGGCCUAGUCUCCCCACUUGAACUCUGGAGAACCCUGUGGGGCCAUCCCAGCUCCAGAGCUCCCCUGGGGUCAGUGAGGCCUCACUGUGGCUGCAUUGCAGCCCAGCACCCCCUGCCUGGCCUGGCCCGCCCACAGCACUCCCGGUAAACUUCCCUGCAUGCCAGUCUCUGUCUCGGCGUCUGCUUUCGGGGAACCCGACGUGUGACAGUGCUUCUGUACUUUUCUAGUCCUGCAGGCUCGAACCCUGACUUAGAAGACUGUUUUCUAAUUGUUUAAUGGAAUGACAAAUUACGCCUGUAUGAUAUCAGGCAUAAUACGUGCAAAUUAGGUAGACUUAAGUAUUUAUUCUCAUGUGAAUUUGCUAUUUAUUCUAAAUGUUGAUUUUAUGUGUUCUGUGCUAUUGAACUUAUUGCCAAAUAAAAGUUGGAAUUGUA